GGAGGGAUGUACCUACUACAGCUGUUAGACCAUCAUGUUUGCAGCGGCACCACCCUGCUCCUCCUCUCCCUCUGCCAGUCUGUCAGCAUUGCCUGGGUGUACGGUGCUGAUCGUUUCUAUAGCAACAUCACAGACAUGAUUGGUUAUCGUCCAUAUCCAUUAAUGAAGUACUGCUGGAGUUACAUCACUCCCUUCAUCUGUUUUGGCACAUUCAUCUUCUCUAUUGUCAAAUACUCCCCGCUGAAGUUCAGUCACAGUUAUGUCUAUCCACUCUGGGCCAACAUCUUGGGCUGGUUCAUUGCCACUGUCUCCCUCUCCCUCAUCCCACUGUUUGUGAUAUAUAAAAUGAUGCAGGGAGAAGGCACUCUUCGGCAGCGAUUCUUGCUGCUCUGCCAGCCUGUGGACGACCUCCCCAUGCCACACAAAUGUCUUUCUACACUGGGAACCAAUGGAACCACUGCCCACACAGAGCUUGAACCUUUAUCCCACACUGGGGAACUCACUCAGUAAACAAACAAGUUGUUCAGCUGUACUAUGAUUUAGUGUAAAUAGGGGCCAUUUAGUACAUUAAGGGGCAAAAAGGCAGUGUACCAUCCUAUCAAAUGUCUUUGGAGAUAUAACAAGAAGACAGCAACUGCAAAUAAAACAAUGAAAUUACCAUAUUCUGAAUUACUCAUAUUUUGUUAAAGAACAUAUUAGUUCAUAAUGAGUAAUGCUAUAUGGUAAAGUUAUUCUAAAACGUGUCUCAAAGGGUGUGUUUAUUGCUUCUCCUUCUGUAUUGUAGCAAUCUCAGACCCUGACAGGAUUACUUAAACAACUUUGGUUAGGUUAUAUGUUUGUAGGUCAAAAGAAAUUUGACAAAUAGCUUUAAUUAUUAAGAGAUUGGGAGUAAAGGUAAGGAAUUAUAUCAUAUUUCAGUUAAAAUUCUAAAUUUUACUAUUAAGUCGUUCGAUAAAUGCAGCAUCACAGUUG